UGCUCAUGCUCGUCCCUCCGCUGCGGCCGCCGGCGCCGGGCCUGGCUGGAGAAUGGGGGCCUCGGAGCCGCCGCCAGCCCCGCGGCCGGGCCCGGCGGCUCCUCCUGCUCCGCGCGGGGCCGGGCCCGGCCCAGCCGCUUCGUGCGGUGCCUCUACCUGGUGGGCUUCCUGGACUUCUUUGGUGUAAGUAUGGUUGUGCCUCUGUUAAGCCUUCAUAUCAAGUCUCUAGGAGCAAGUCCAACUGUUGCAGGAGUAGUAGGAUCUUUUUAUGGUUUACUGCAGCUCUUUUCUAGCACGUUUGUGGGCUGCUGGAGUGAUGUAAUAGGAAGACAAUAUUCCCUGCUUGCCUGUAUCCUCUUCAGUGCACUGGGUUAUUUGCUACUUGGCAUGUCCACCAGUGUGUGUUUAUUUGCCAUUGCAAGGAUACCUGUAGGUAUUUUCAAACACACACUCUCCAUUUCAAAAGCUCUUCUUUCUGACUUGGUUUCUGAGAAAGAGCGUCCUCUUGUAAUAGGACAUUUCAAUGCAGCCUCCAGUGUUGGUUUCAUCCUGGCUCCUGUGGUUGGUGGCUACUUUACAGAGUUAGAGAGUGGCUUUUACCUGACAUCUUUCAUCUGUUCUUUUAUCUUCAUUCUGAAUGCUGGCCUCGUCUGGAUGUUACCAUGGAGUGAGGAACACACAGAUAGUGAUGAAAACGAACAGACCACCAGUAACAGUAAAGUGACAGCAAAGGCAAACUAUGACCUGCAGGUUCGAUCACUAGCUAAUGGAACAAUGAAAUAUGAUACUCCCCUCCAGUCCCUAUGGAUUCCAGUUGUGUCAGUGCUGAAGAGGAUUAAAAGCAUUGCAUGCUCUGAUCUGUGGGAUAUAUUUUUAGUACGGUUACUAAUGUCUGUAGCUGUAAUGCUGUAUUAUAGCAAUUUUGUUCUGGCAGUUGAAGAGAGAUUUGGGGUGAAACCUAAGCUCACAGGGUACCUCAUAAGCUAUAGUAGCACCGUUGGAGCACUUGCUGGUUUUCUACUUGGACCAAUAACAAGACUCUAUCAACAUAACUCUUAUGCACUUUUAUUACAUUCCACUGUUCUCACCUGUGUAUUGAUAAUGCUAUAUUCCACAGCACUCAGCAUAUGGGCGGUCAUUUUAUCGUCAACAUUUUUAGCAUUUUCAACCACUGUAGGACGCACUUGCAUCACUGACCUUGAGUUGACCCUGGGUGGGAAUCAGGCCAGUGGCACGCUCAUAAGAGUUGGUCAGUCUGUGACAUCUGUGGGACGCAUAAUUGCCCCUCUUCUCUCAGGAAUUGCACAGGAGUUCAGUCCCUGUGGCCCUCCAAGUCUUGGUGUGGGGCUGGCACUGGUGGCUAUUCUGAUAAUGCUCAUGAACACACCACGAUAUUGCAGUGGUAGAAAUGCUAAAUUAAAAAGUGAAUAGCAGCUUAUUUUGGACAGGCUGGUGCAUCGUCAAUAAAAUGCAAAGUAAUUCAAACAGCUGGGGAUACGUUAUACUAAAGAAUGGUGAGCACUAAAGAAACCUGUAUUGCAGCAACAGGCUGUUUUCUAAAAGAAAUGAUACAAGUUCAAGGGGAGGCCAGCCUGACUGAGCCCUCAGAUUCAUACAGACUUGUCUGCUGCAGGAUCAUACGUCAAGACAGGAAUGCUCAGAGCUGUAGUUCAGAGAGAAAUUCUCCUUCAAAGGUGCAGGUAUCAUUUAAAACCUUUCGUAAAUUGAGCGUUGUAUUUUCUUUAUGCUAAUAAGGUUGAAAUCCCUUCAAGAAAAAUGAUUCUGACUCUGAAUAUAUAAAUGGCUGAUGAAUAAUCCAGUUUGCAGCCGCACAUUGAAGCAUGAUGGUUAGACUGAUAGGCUCUUUGACUGAGAGAGACAGACAAGUGAAUUUUUUUAUUUAAACAAGUAAAAUUUGUUAUGUUCACUUAUCAGUAUGAGAAAUGAAGGCUGACCUGGAUAAACCAUUGGCCUCCUGUGACAAUGGCUUGUUGAUAAAUCAGAGGUUCCAUAUAUAACUUGUGACGCAUGCUCUGCCUAGAAGUUUUCCCAUGCAGCAUAAUUAACCAUUCCCAAGUGGCUGGCUGACAUUCUGCUUUCACUCCUCUGUCCCAGCAUUUCUGGUAAAUAGAGCUGUGUAUGCUCUAGCACGUAUGUUUCUUUUAUGUAUAAUAUAGAAGGUAGUUUAAGAGAAAAUGCCAUCGUGCAGAGUAAGGGUGAUUGAAGAUGAGACAAUGUAAAUUUUACUGGACUAUUGAACACCUCCUUCUGGCAACCUUCUGUCAUAAGUGAGUAUUUUAAGGAACUCCCAGAACUUCCUGUGCAAUUGUGUUCCAUCUUCAUUUUAAGAAUAACUGCUCCUUCCUGUUCUUUAGAUGGUUGUUUAAGACACAUUUUGGAAAAUCUAGUGAUGUUUUAAAGUGUUCGUUCCAUGUAGGAUUAAUCCAUUAUUUUUCAUCUCUGGAGACAUACAUUUAAAUCCCAAUUUAGGUAACCAGGGAAAAUGUGUGUGUCUGGCAGCUUAGUCUUCAUUUGUCUGCAUCCAUUUUAGCAGGCCAAAGCUAAUGGAAGUUGAUGCAGGUAAAGACUGAAAUGCAUUGACAGACUUAUGGGGAUGGUUUCCAUAGCAGUGACCCAUGCUAUACCAGGUUCAUGCCAGUGUUACUAGUCUGUCACUUUUCUGAGCAUUACAUUUGAUCCACUAAUUUAAAAAAAAAGUUUGUUCUUAUAGUGCCUUUUAUCUGAAAGUUUCAUAGCACUUCCCGUUUAAUUAUUUGAUGUAGUAUACAAAGCCUCUCUGCAGAUUUUUUUAAAUUGAAUUUAGCACGUAUGAUGUGCACAUGCAACUUUAAAUGUUACUUUAUAGCCGUCACAGCUGGUGUUUUUGUAAUUUUGUUUUUAAAUCAACUUUUCUUUCCUUCUUACAGA